UUAGCAUGAAAACGGUGGAAAUUCAUUAAAAAAAACGGUGGAAAUGCAGCAGCAAAUUAAAGAGCAAUACAAAGGCAAAGUUAUAAGUCAAAAUCCAACAAAAACGGACAUUGCUUUUUCAAAUCAAAAUCCAAAUACAUUGAACCAACCAACCAAUUACACCCUUUCUUUCUUCCCCUUUUUCUCACUAGUCACCUACCAAAUCAAGAUCCCAAAACUUCUUAUAUAUUCAUACAACCACCUCAAUUCCAUCACUACAAAAUUGAAGGACGUAACAAUAUAUUCAUUCUUACACUAAUACAUAUUUUUGUGCACUAAGUUUUCUAUUCUACCAUGGUUGUGACUUCACAAACAUUAGAAAUUACGGUUAUAUCUGGUGAAAAUAUUCAUGUAACGGAGGAUGCAUACGUUGUUGUUCGAGGUGAGUCUCUUAAUUGUUACACAACAAAAACGGUGAAAGAUAAUGAUAAUUGUGGGAAAAACUCGAGUUUUCUUUCAUGGAAUGAGAAGUUUUUGUUGAACAUGCCAUUGCAUGCAAGGUCAAUCACUUUUGAGGUGCAAUGCAAGAAGUUUAAAAGUGUACGUCCUAUUGGGGUGGCAAGAAUUGCUCUUUCGGAUUUUCUCAAUGGCAUCGCGCCGGAAAAUUGUUUGCAAAUUUUGAGUUAUAAAUUGAGGAACUGGGAAGGGAGGCAAAAUGGAGUUAUUCAUUUCAGUGUGAGGGUGGUUGUGCCGGAGAAAACAUCGGCUACCGUGGCGGUUGAAAAGCAGACUGUCGCGGAUGGAAAGAAUUAUGGUGGUCGGUUAACUGGAAUGGAUGUUGGUACCAAGGACUCUAAUGGUGUUGCUAUUGGUAUUCCGUUUUGGUGGAAUUACCCAAACAUUAUUUAAAUAUUUAUAUUUAUAUUAUUUGAUUUUUUGCAUUCUUGUCAAAGAUUAAUGAAGUCAAUUUUGAUGCACAAUAUAUUAUUGUGAUACAUACAAGUGUAAAAUAUCAUUUCAACAAAUAAACUUAAUGAUCAAUCUAAGAUUCAACUUAGAUCUUAUAGAUUCUAAGUUGAUAGAUUUAAUGUUUAAA